UUAGCACUUCCUGUGCCGGGUGUGCCCGACCCGGAUGCUAAACGGAUGGACACGCCGCACCGUGGCUUCUGUCGUGUGCGUGAGUUAAAAAGCGUAGCAUAGACGACUUCUUCAUGGUUUGGAUUCAAAACAAAGGCAUCUGAUGUUUCGUUAAGAUGAGAGAGUUUCACCUGUCAUCUGAAGAGAGGAGUGAAUCUUCCACAGACCACAGCUAACACACUAAUGGCCUGCCAGUCUGUCACUGCAGUCAUGGACGAGCAGGCCCUCCUGGGACUCAACCCCAAUGCUGAUGCCCGCUACAGGCAGAGGGCGAUGGCAUAUUUUGAGCAGCUGAAGGAGUCUCAGGAUGCUUGGGAGGUGUGUGCAGAAGCCCUUGCGAAAGGAAUUUAUAAUGAUGACCAUGUGAAGUUUUUCUGUUUUCAAGUUUUGGAACAUCAAAUUAAGUUCAGGCAUGCUGGUCUGAGUGCUCCUCAACAACAGCUCAUCAGAGAGUGCCUGAUGAAGUGGCUCCAGUGUCAGCUAAUUAGUCCUCAGCCUGAGAAAUCCUUCAUCAGAAACAAGGCUGCUCAAGUGCUGGCCCUCACAUUUGUCAUGGAGUACCUAACUCUGUGGCCCAAAUUCUUCUUUGAUAUUCUGUCACUUGUCGGUUCAAAUCCUCACGGUGUUGAUAUUUACCUGCGAACACUCAUGGCCAUUGAUGCGGAGGUUGUGGACCGUGACAUCAUGCACUCACCUGAGGAGACGCGCCGAAAUACUUUAAUCAAAGAUUCAAUGCGUGAGCAGUGCAUCCCCAGUUUAGUGGAGUCAUGGUUCCAGAUUCUGCAGACGUACCAGCAGUCACAUCCAGAGCUCACAUGUCUGUGUUUGGAGGUGGUGGGGGCUUAUGUGUCUUGGAUUGACCUCAACCUCAUUGCCAAUGAUAGGUUUGUGAAUUUGCUGCUGAGUCAAAUGUCCAUGGAGGAGCUCAGAGAGGAAGCAUGUGACUGCUUGUUUGAAAUAGUCAAUAAAGGAAUGGAUCCUGUGGACAAAACCAAACUGGUCGAGUCUUUGUGCCAAGUAUUGCAAAGUGCCGGCUUCUUCAAUGUGGAACAGGAGGAGGAUGUUGACUUUCUGGCAAAGUUUUCUCGGUUGGUAAAUGGUAUGGGGCUGAGUUUGGUGCAGAGCUGGACUAAGUUGGCAAAAGCUGGAAAUGUAAAGGAGGCAGCUGACACUCUCCAGGCUUUGGAGGCCAAAGUGCCACUGUUGCUGCAAUUGUUGGUGCAUGAGGAUGAUGAUAUCUCAGCAAACAUAGUGGGCUUCUGCUAUGACUACCUGCAUGUCCUCAAACAGCUUCCUCAGCUGACAGAUCAGCAGAAGGCAAAUAUUGAGGCAAUAAUGCUUGCAGUUAUGAAAAAAUUGACCUAUGACGAUGAGUACAACUUUGAGAAUGAAGGUGAAGAUGAAGCAAUGUUUGUAGAGUACCGGAAACAGCUGAAGAUGCUGUUGGAUCGUUUGGCUCAGGUGUCCCCCGAGCUUUUGCUGGAGGCUGUACGCCGAGUCUUUACCAAUGCCAUGCAAAAUUGGCAGACAGCUCCAUUUAUGGAGGUUGAAGUGGCUAUAAGGCUGGUGUACAUGCUUGGAGAGGCAUUGCCUGCAUCUCAUGGUGCACAUUUCUCUGGAGACACAGCAAAGACAAAUGCACUUCAGGAAAUGAUGAGAACAUUGGUGUCCUGUGGCGUGAGCAGUUAUCAGCACAGCUCAGUGGCUUUAGAGUUCUUUGAAACUAUAGUACGAUAUGAUAAAUUCUUCAUAGUGGAGCCUCAGCACAUUCCUAAUGUUUUGAUGGCAUUUCUGGACCAAAGAGGACUGAGACACAACAGCCCUAAAGUCCGUAGCCGAGUAGCUUACCUCUUUUCCAGAUUCAUCAAAACUCUGCAUAAACACAUGAAUGCCUUUAUUGAGGACAUUUUGACCAGGAUCCCAGACCUGCUUGCACUUGCUCCACCUGAAAAUGGUUUCCCGGCACUUUUAACAAGUGAUGAUCAGUUGUUUAUGUUUGAGACUGCUGGCAUUCUGAUCGUCAAUGGUGAAAGUCCAGUGGAAAGGAAACAGGCAAUGAUGAGGAGUCUAUUGACACCACUGAUGGAAGCUUUUGGGUUGCUUCUCGCCAAACUGCUGCAGGAGACAGACGAGGAGAGACAGGCUGCUCUUGCAGACUGCCUGAGCCAUGCUGUGGGCUUUGCUAGCCGCACCAGUAAAGCAUUCAGUAACAAACAAACGGUGAAGCAGUGUGGCUGCACUGAGGUCUACAGAGACUGCCUCCAGACCUUUCUUCCUGCCCUGAGUUGCCCUGUUCAAAGAGGAGUGCUGCGCAGCUCUGUGCGCUCCUUCCUCCAUCGAAUGAUAUGUCUUGAAGAGGAGGUGCUGCCCUUUAUUCCAUCUGCUUCUGAACACAUGCUCAAAGACUGUGAGGCUAAGGACUUGCAAGAAUUUAUUCCACUUAUCAGCCAAAUCACUGCAAAGUUUAAGAGGCAGGUGUCCCCCUUCCUACAGCGGAUCUUCAUGCCACUUGUACUUGCCAUUUUCGAGGUGUUAGCCCGACCAGCGGAGGACAAUGAUCAAGCAGCUGCCUUGGAGAAGCAGAUGCUGAGGAGAAGCUACUUCAGCUUCAUUCAAACUAUAACAGGAAGUGGAAUGAACGAGGUGAUGGCCAAUCAGGGUGCAGAAAACAUUGAACAGGUUGUGUUCACAAUCAUUCAGGGGGCUGUUGACUUCCCUGACCCAAUUGCUCAAAAAACUUGUUUUAUUAUCCUUGCCAAAUUAGUGGAGCUGUGGGGAGGGAAAGAUGGCAUGGUGGGCUUUCCUGACUUUAUCUACAAAAACAUAGUUCCUGCUUGUUUCAUGGCUCCUCUUAAACCAACCUUUGACCUCUCUGAUGCUCAGACAGUGCUAACGCUGUCUGAGUGUGCAGUUACCCUGAAAAUGAUUCAUCUCAAACGGGGACCGGAGUUUAUCCAGUUUCUUCAACAGGAGUAUUUACCCUCUCUUCAAGUGUCUCCUGAGAUAUCACAGGAAUUGUGUCAUGUGUUGCAAGAACCAGACGUCAAAGUUUUGAAAACCUAUUUGAAGGCCUUUUUUCAACAAGCCAGGCUGUAGAAUAUUAAGGCUCAUUGUGACUAAAGGAACACUUCACAUGUGUUUUUUCUUGCCACUCAACUCAUCAGGAGCUGCACUUUAAACACGUCACAUGGUCCAGUCUGUUAGGGUGACAGAAGAACAAGAGGAGAGGGCCCUCUAGUGAGACGAGCUGUCCGCCAUUCAGACGUCAGAGAAGCUCUGGUGCAGGCAAACAUUGUGGAAAGUGAAGUUUGUGUUGAAGAUACUUGUAGAAGUAAACCUGGGAGAACAAUUAUCCUAACAUUUUAGGAUCUAUCAAAUAUAGCUUUAUUCUAGUCCAAACGUUAAGAACUACAAUACACAUUAGGGGGCUGUUGUAAUGUGUUUGUUUCCACAAAUGUGGACAAAAACAAGGGCUGGAAAUGUAUUUUUAUUUAAAACAUAUCUGAGUUGUUUUUCUUUGGGGAAAAGAAUUUCAUGUUUGAAGUGAAACAAGUGCUUAAAGCUUAAAUGACCUAUUGGGAACAUCAUAUUUCCCAGUUUAAAUGUUUACUAAGAUCCUUAGUUAAUCACCAUUCACAGUAGUUGGGUCUCAAAACUGUGAUUAGUCUGCCUUUCUGAAGCGUUAAUACCAAGUGUUGGGACUGAUUAAUUUCAAGACAGAGAUGUGAGAUAAAAUUAAAUGUAAAUAAGAGUAAGAUGUCAAAUUGUAAAUAAGGUUCCCAGGUUUAUUUUUUUAAUAUUUUUAUGGAAGCUCAUUUGUGCCAGAAAAUGGAAAAAAAAAAAAAAAAGUUCAAAUUGAUAUUCAUAGUACAAUUAUAUCACAACCUUAACCUUUGAUUGUCAAGACUGAAUAUGUACAACAGCUAAUGUAUUUUACUACUUAUCACUUACCAGACUCAAAUGGGCUUCCUAAAAUAUACAGAUCUAAUCUCAUAGUUUUGAUCCCAUGUACAGUUCGUGUACACUUAAACUUGUACAGAAAGAAGAAAUUACCUUCAAGACGUUUUUCAUGACAAUUCAAGAUACUUCAUUAUGCAACUCUGCAUGAUAUACUGUGAAGGAGCACUCUUUAACAUUUAAGGCAAGGCCAUAAAUUAAUACGGCGUCCGCGUGGCAGCCGAAAAUUUAUUUCAAAAACAUUGUCCAGAUGUCUGCCUUUUGAAAUGGUUUUAACCACAAUACCACUAUAACAGCAGCAUUGUUGCUCACACAAAAAUUAUACUUUCGAAGAGUUUUUUUCCUCUCUCUCAUUUUCAAUCUUAUGCAUAACCAGAUCACCCAAAUUUCAUUUUUUGGCACCACUUUUCUCUGAAACAUAACCUGGUUUAAAAAUGUGAUAAACACAUUUUGUCCUGUUUGGUGCUUAUGAUAUAACCUGGUCUAUCUAGGAUUUGUGUUACAUACAAAACAUCUCUAUUCUUUUACUCAAUUACAGUCGAUACAAGAGGAGCAGACAGCAAAACUAACUUGACAAUGCCAUGGUUUUGCAAGUUACAAUAAUCUGCAAUUGCUAUACUAAAUGCUUUUCCUUUGACAUUGUGGCUGUAUCGUUCAUUUCAGCUAAACUCCCUGAUAAGUGCAUGCAUAUAAACUCUUGAUUUCCCAAACCAAAGUUACAAACAAUUUAAGACAUCAGUAUGCAUCACACAUCAAGCCAGAUAUGUAAUUGUGUUUUUCACCAAGUCAUUUUUAGACCGAUGGCUUUUGUUUUUUUUUGGGCCAAUUUUAUUAGAAAUAUAGUGCUCCCAGUUUUGUUCUAUUAAGACAUGUCCUUGGUCCACUUGAACUUCAACUCCUGUUAGAACCAAUAAAGUGUUUAAUCAUGAAA